CCCGUUUUAUGUUUUAUUUCAAUUCGAGAUCCGUUUGAUUUUGGUUUUCAACCUCCCCCCACACACACAAAACAGAUGCAAACACAGACACACACAGACAGGGUUGCAUUUAUAAUGCACGUGCGGAAAUCGGUUCAAAUCCCAUGAAUCAGGAACCAUAUCUGUUAGAGAAACGUGGAGAGAACGGAAAAAUACAGAAAAUAUAUAAUUGUUCAUUGCUAUUUUUUAUACAUGUCUUACAUAAAACAAAAGGGUUAAAUCUACAAUUGCAAUUUCUUUGUUGUUUUCUCUUGGUAUAAACAAUUGUGAAAAGCAUAACUCAUAUAAUACAUACAUAUACCCAACUGUCGGUCAAAUGAGUUUUCGAACGAGUAGAAGUCUAAUUGUCCGGAUUCGGAAGUCAAACAAAUUUUGUAAAUGUGCAACAUGGCGAAGGCACGAGUUUUAUUGUGCGGCAAUGUCUGUACAAGUUUCCAAUUUAUUUGGGUAUAACUCUAUGAAGUACUUAAGCCCAGAAAACGUUUCCCCAACAAAGAAACAGCCAUCAAUUGUUCCUAAAAUCUGGCGAUUGUUUCUUAAACUUUAAUUUUAUCGUUUAACAAGUUUUCGACUUCUUCAAUCUAUAACAAUGCAGCCUGCAAAUCAGCAAUGGAAAUAUUAUAAAAAAUUUAAAUGAAGAUCGAAUCAAAAUACAUAAAUAUUGUGAACUAAAACUAUUCAAUUUUUUAAUUUACAUACGUGAAAACUUUGCAUGUGUAUUGAAAGAAAAUAUAUUAUUGUCCAACAAAACGGUAACAUACAGAACAUAUGUAUGUAUGAUAAAAGUAAAUGUAUAUUUUCGCAAUUGAAUUUAUCGCUAUAUUAUGAAUGUGAGGAAUAUAAAAAAAAAAAAAAAAAAAAAAACAAAACAAAAAAAUAUAUAUUUAAAUAAAUGAAACACUUUUGCCGCAACGCUAAUAAGUCGAAUCCCAAAACAUAUAAAAUAAUAAUAUUGUGAAACUGCAAUACAUUCAUGAAACAGAGUAAAUGACAACCAGAUGAUAAAACCGGGUGUAGGCGUAAAUUGUAUGCAUAUAACAGAGGCAAAGAUUGAUGUAUGAGUGGAAUAUUUAAGUUUAUUGAAAUUACAGUUUCUUAAUUACCAACAAAAAAACCAAAAAAUUAAAUAAAUAAUACAAAAAAAAACACACCGAAUGGAUUUCAUUUUAUUUUGAUCGAGGUUGCAGCUUCUAAAAUGUCACAAAACAAAAAAAAAUGUUAAAUUUAGGGGCAAAAUUUAAUUUGGCAUGAACUCAAUCAAAUUUCGGGUAUUUACUAAAUUUAAAUCUUUUUUAUUUGAAAUUAACGGACGCUUUUAUCAUGGCCCGCAAUCCAAGAACUUUUUACCAGAGACUCCUUUACUUCGCCUACUUGUUAACCAAAGGUUGAUUCUUCCAAGGGCUGCUCACCAUUCUGACAAUGGUUCUGGUGAUAAAAAGGACAACGACCCUGAAAAAGAUGAUGGAUUGCGCCAAAGAUGCGGAAGACAUCUACCAGUGGAUUUUAAUCUUCUUAGUUCAAAAAAAAAUUAUGAAAAAAUUGCUAAAAAGAAGAAAGUUUACCCAAAAAAGAAAUGCUUUAAAAACGUCGACGAGCUGCGAAAGUGCUUGAAAACUAUGCAAGACGUUAUUGAUUACGUUCAUCCCAUGAUACCCUAUAAGGACAAGGGACUGGCGGUCUUCACCAGCGGCGGGGAUUCCCAGGGCAUGAAUGCCGCCGUUCGGGCCUGUGUGCGUAUGGCCAUCUACUUGGGCUGCAAGGUUUACUUCAUCCGCGAGGGAUAUCAGGGCAUGGUUGAUGGUGGCGACUGCAUCCAGGAGGCCAACUGGGCCUCGGUCUCCUCGAUCAUCCAUCGUGGUGGCACCAUCAUCGGAUCUGCCCGUUGCCAGGACUUCCGUGAGCGUCAGGGUCGCUUGAAGGCCGCCAACAACCUGAUCCAGCGUGGAAUCACCAACCUGGUGGUGAUUGGCGGCGAUGGCUCCCUCACCGGCGCCAAUCUGUUCCGUCAGGAGUGGUCCAGCCUGCUGGACGAGCUGUUGCAGAACAAGACCAUCACCCACGAGCAGCAGGAGAAGUUCAAUGUGCUGCACAUCGUUGGAUUGGUGGGCUCCAUUGACAACGAUUUCUGUGGCACGGACAUGACCAUCGGCACGGAUACGGCCCUGCACCGUAUCAUCGAGGCCAUCGAUGCCAUUUCCAGUACCGCCUACUCGCAUCAGCGCACCUUCAUCAUGGAGGUCAUGGGUCGUCAUUGCGGCUAUCUGCCGGUGGUGGCUGGCAUUAUCUCCGAGGCAGACUACGUCUUUCUGCCCGAAUAUCCGCCGCCGCAAGAUUGGCCCGAUCGACUUGUCCUCAAGUUGGAACAGGAGCGUUCUGCUGGUCAGCGCCUGAACAUUGUGAUCGUGGCCGAGGGAGCCAUGGACCGCGAGGGACAUCCCAUCACUGCCGAGGAUGUGAAGAAGGUGAUCGAUGAGCGACUGAAGCACGAUGCCCGCAUCACUGUUCUGGGUCACGUCCAGCGUGGUGGCAAUCCCAGCGCCUUCGAUCGUAUUUUGGCCUGUCGCAUGGGUGCCGAGGCCACCUUGGCCCUGAUGGAGGCCACCAAGGAGUCGGUGCCGGUGGUCAUCUCGCUGGACGGCAACCAGGCGGUCCGAGUGCCGCUGAUGGAGUGCGUGGAGCGCACCCAGGCGGUGGCCAAGGCCAUGAAGGAGAAGCGCUGGGCGGACGCCGUCAAGUUGCGCGGUCGCUCCUUCGAGCGGAACCUCGAGACCUACAAGAUGCUGACCCGCCUGAAGCCCCCCAAGGAGAACUUCGACGCCGAGGGCAAGGGCAUCGAGGGCUACCGCCUAGCCGUGAUGCACAUUGGAGCGCCGGCUUGUGGCAUGAAUGCCGCUGUGCGCAGCUUCGUGCGCAAUGCCAUCUACCGAGGCGAUGUCGUCUACGGAAUCAACGACGGAGUCGAGGGCCUCAUUGCCGGAAAUGUCCGCGAGCUGGGCUGGUCCGAUGUCUCCGGAUGGGUUGGUCAGGGAGGCGCCUACCUGGGCACCAAGCGCACUUUGCCAGAGGGCAAGUUCAAGGAGAUCGCCGCUCGCCUCAAGGAGUUCAAGAUCCAGGGCCUGCUGAUCAUCGGCGGCUUCGAGAGCUACCAUGCCGCCGGACAGAUCGCCGAUCAGCGGGACAACUACCCGCAGUUCUGCAUCCCCAUCGUGGUGAUCCCCUCGACGAUCUCGAACAACGUGCCCGGCACCGAGUUCUCGCUGGGCUGCGACACCGGGCUGAACGAGAUCACCGAGAUCUGCGACCGCAUCCGCCAGUCGGCGCAGGGUACCAAGCGCCGUGUCUUCGUCAUCGAGACGAUGGGCGGCUACUGCGGCUACUUGGCCACGCUGGCCGGGCUGGCGGGAGGAGCUGAUGCCGCCUACAUCUACGAGGAGAAGUUCUCGAUCAAGGACCUGCAGCAGGACGUCUACCACAUGGCCUCCAAGAUGGCCGAGGGCGUCUCGCGCGGUCUGAUCCUGCGCAACGAGAAGGCCAGCGAGAACUACAGCACGGACUUCAUCUACCGCCUGUACUCGGAGGAGGGCAAGGGCCUCUUCACCUGCCGGAUGAACAUCCUCGGCCACAUGCAGCAGGGCGGGUCGCCCACGCCCUUCGACCGCAACAUGGGCACCAAGAUGGCCGCCAAGUGCGUCGACUGGCUGGCCACCCAGAUCAAGGCGAACGUGGACGCCAACGGAGUGGUGAACUGCAAGGCGCCGGAGACGGCCACUCUGCUGGGCAUCGUGUCCCGCCAGUACCGCUUCUCGCCCUUGGUCGACCUCAUUGCCGAGACGAACUUCGACCAACGCAUCCCGAAGAAGCAGUGGUGGCUGCGCCUGCGUCCCCUGCUGCGGAUCCUGGCCAAGCACGACUCGGCCUACGAGGAGGAGGGUAUGUACAUCACCGUCGAGGAGGAGUGCGCCACCGAUGCCGUCGCCUAAGCGGAUUCGGAAUCGGACUCGGACUCGCUCGCCUACGGACUAUGGUUACCACCUCCACCUCCGCCUCUUACCGCUGCAUCCAUCGCUGUAUCGCUGCAUCGAGCAUCUAUAUCUACAUAUAUAUCCGCAUAUGUUCUUCUUCUACCCGCACCCUCGAAUCUGUCUCUGUGUUCGCUUUUGAGUUCUUCUUUUGGCACCGCAUCCGAUCCGUUCCGUUCCGUUCCGUUCCGUUCUUUUGGUUUUCCACCACGAUCAGACGAAGGACAAAGGACAAAGGACGAAGGACGAGAGACCCAUGAGAGGCCCAUGACAGCAGCACAUACGAAAGUAUUUCAUCAUCUACCGACGCAUUCAACACGCACAAAUACAUGAUUAAUUUAUAUUGCCCGCCCAGUCGAUUUUCUUAUGAUUUCUCCAAGCAAAUAUCGUAUAUCGUAUAUCGUGUAUUCUUGACUCCCGAAUCUCGAAUACUGAAUAUCGUUAAUAGUUAAUUCUACAUUGCAGCCGUUCCCAAAUGUCUGCAGCCCUGUUAGCGGAUCGUUUCGUAUGUUAUCGUAAAUUGUUGGUUAGCCAGCCCAACUAAAUUGUAUGUUAAAGUAUUUACAAAUAUUACCCACUCUCAACGGAACAAAUUCUAUCUGCAACUGUUUUUCGAGUAUUGUUAUCGAACGAAGCAAUGAUCUAUUUGUAUCGACGUGCUAAAUACAUAAUCAAAGACCUGUAGGCACAACUAA